UACUGCAUUUUAGUUGUUUACAUUUCUGCUUGUUUAAUAAUUAUUUAAAUAAUUGUACUGAAAGAAAGUGCAAGUGAAAUGGCGUCUUUUGCUAAACUUAUAUUGCUGCUUAGCUCUAUAGCCACAGUGGGCUACACAAUUUACGUGAUUGGCAAGUUCACUCUAUUUCUUUCCAUGCCGCGCUCCGUUUCAAAAGCGCACACCUGGAUCUUUAAUCUACUGGACAAUAAGUCGCGCUUGGAGACCGCUUAUGGACCUAUUGUAUUGGACACUCUCUAUGUGAUUGGCUUUAUCCUACAGCAUAGCUUGCUCAAGUCAGCGUUGGUGAAGAAUCUCUUAUGCAAAUUGGGCUUGUCUGUUGCGGAGCGAACUAUUUAUGCCCUGACGUCAUCGCUAUGUUUACAUUAUCUGAUAAAGCACUGGCUGCCCGCUCAAUCGAUUGUGCUCUGGCAAAUCAAUGUGGACGAGAGCGAGCCACUUUGGUGGACAUUUGUGAUAACCCAUGUUAUAGGCUGGAUUGUCAUUUUCGGCGGUUGUGUUAUCAUGGACAUAAUGGAACUGCUCGGCGUCAAACAAGCCUACUUCAGUCUCUACAACUACACGGAACCCCUUGCAUACAAGUCAUCUGACCUGCGUAAUCUCUAUGCACAUGUGCGUCAUCCUUCAUUCGUUGGACUCACUCUCAUUCUAUUUGUCACCAAUGUAAUGAGCCUUGACCGACUGAUUCUUGCCGUGCUUCUUACAACCUACAUGUAUGUGGCUUGGUCCACAGAUCAAAGAGACGUCGUCUAUCAGAAGUCGCAGCUGGAGCGCAAGAAACUCGAAUUGAAGGCUCAAUAAAUGUAGCAAUCAGUUUAUUCUCACAAUUAUAUAUGGUAUUACUACCGCACCUUCUUUCUGAUCUUUGUAUUAACAAGCUAAGCACAUCUCAAUCAAACUUAUUGAACACCCCUAGUUCUAAGCCAUUAAGUUAUAACUUAUACUUUUUGUAUUUUCUCAUCAGUUGUACUCAUAUAUUUAUAUAAUAAAAACUAACUCAUUUGGACCAUAGAAGGAUCAAA